UUUGGAGUCUCUGGACGCUCUGAAGGCGAUUUUUUGAUUUGUUUUCAUCUUUGAACAUCAUUUGGGGCAAGGUGGGCUAGUUACGUCCUUGUUGACGGGGCGUUUCAAUUGUAGAACGAAUAGGAAUACGCCUAUACUGAUCUAUUCUUUUGCGCUCUUGUCUUACUGAAUGGAUAAAGGGAAAGCUCUGCAGACGUCGUUCCAGAAGCUUAAUUUGAACCCUAAUUCCAAUAAGUCUACCAGUGCCCAUACUAUCCAAUCGCCCACAGUAUUAACAGUUGAGAAGCGAAAACCUGUUCCAACUUUGGUUACUUUAUGCAUUCAAGUAAUUGGAAGUCAUUUGGAAGAUAUCAUCGACGACUUGCCCCAAAUUGCUUUUAAGUUACCCUCUCAUGUUAAGAUAACAAUAGCAGCGAUUGCAAGAAGAAGAAGGUUACUGGAUGAUAAUGUGAUGAUGGCACUGGCUGAGAGUUCAUGGGAUAUCCUUGAUGUAUCUGAUUCAGAUGUGUCUGAUUAUGGAAUAUCAGUAGUAGCGAAGAGAUUUAAAUGUCUACGAGCAGCUGAUAUAAGCCGAUGUAGCAAAAUCUCAUCAAUUGGUGUUUCUCAGAUUCUGCAGCAUUGUGAUUCAUUACAAAUUUUAAGAUGGGGAGGGUGCCUGCGGAGUGAGCUUACUGCUCGUUGCUGUUUGGGGAUCUUGAAACCUACCCUAGAUAACGUUGAAGGAGAGUCUUGGGAGGAACUUGUUACUGCCGAGAUUGGUCAAGGUGCAUAUUCACUUCGCUGGCUUGUUUGGCCGAAAAUAGAUAAAGAUUCAUUGGAUACUUUAUCGAGUGAAUGCCCACGCAUUAUAGUAAAUCCGAAGUCUUCACCCUUUGGCUAUAGAGGGGUGUAUGUUCCAUGUGAAGCAUUGAUGGGAACAGUGCUUGAUGAUUUCAUACUCAAAGAUAUUGAUGCAGGGACAUGGAGCGUUAAAAUUGCAACAUCUUCAUCUGUUGUUAAUUCUAAUGCGUUGCCAAUAGCAGAAAGAUUUAGACUUGCUUUUGCCGAGAGAGAUGCUCGAUUGGCACCAAAACGAGCCAAAAAUGCGAGGCAGCAUAAAAGACGCGCAGAGAGAGAUUGGGUUGCAGUGAGCACUGACGCAAAAGCAAUUGCUCUGGCAAGUAAAACUCAACAGACUUGGAACUAGAAAUGUAACUUGCAUGUGUGCAUAAAUAGAGCCUUGUUAAAAAUGUAAACAAUAUGAGCUUCUCUGUGUAUAUGAAAGAUUGAACAUUUUGGCUGUCUGUAACUGUUUCUUGAACGUAGUUCGGUACAACAUAUUAAGAACCAACUGUUUCUCGAUCCUAGUGUGUGACACGUUAAAAAAUUAAUAAUACUUAUGUUAUUAUAAUA